UCACUCACUCACAUACAGUCCCGGGCGGAACUACAACCCCCAGAAUCCCCCGCGCCCUGACGUCACCAUUCCAGGAAGUGCUGCAAGAAUAGGGGCGGGGCUUGGUACGUUGGCAGCUGCUGGUCCGGGACCGAUGAGCCGGGAGGGAAGGAGGCCGAGCUGCGGGGGAGCGGGGGCUGUGACUCGGAGUAUCCCGGGCGGGAAACGGCAGCUGAAACCCUCGGUCACGAGCCGGCGGCGGUGACAGAAGCAGAAGUGGGCGGGGACCUGUGGCGCUUGCAAUCAUGGACUUCCCAGUAGGCUCCAGAAGGCUGGCCGGACGGAGGGGCUGCUUCUCCCAGUAUUCCCAUCACCACGUGGCCGUCUUUCUAUUGACCUUCUUCAGCUACGCGCUUCUCCACGCUUCCCGUAAGGCCUUCAGCAACGUCAAGGUCAGCAUUUCCAGCCAAUGGACGCCCCUCGGCCUGAACUCUACGUACAUUGUGCUCCCGAACGAGACAUGGAAUGGGAAUACGCUCUUCCCGGAUACCAAAACCGCCACCAUCUUCCUUGGGCUGCUGGACACAAUCUUCCUUUUUGCCUACGCUGUGGGCCUCUUUAUCAGUGGGAUCAUCGGGGACCGCCUCAACAUGCGAUUGGUCCUUACUUUUGGGAUGUGUUCCUCGGCAAUCACAAUGUUUGUGUUCGGGACACUCACCGAGUGGCUGCGCUUCUACAAUAAGGUUUUCUACUGCCUGGUGUGGAUUCUGAAUGGCCUCCUGCAGUCUACCGGCUGGCCCUGCGUCGUGGCCGUCAUGGGCAACUGGUUCGGGAAGUCGGGGCGAGGAUUUGUCUUUGGCCUAUGGAGCGCCUGUGCCUCGGUGGGGAAUAUCCUGGGUGCCUUCCUUGCUUCUUCGGUGCUGCAAUAUGGCUAUGAGUACGCCUUCCUGGUGACUGCAUCAGUGCAAUUUGCUGGAGGAAUAAUCAUCUUCUUUGGACUCGUCACAUCCCCUAAAGAGUUAGGUCUCCCAGAGACCGGAGAGGGGGAGACGGACAGGGCAGCCCGAGAGGAAGGGGCAAACCGACCGCUCAUCAGCGGAAAUGACGACGGAGACGACGAAUCAAAUUAUUCCAUUCAGAGCGACGAUGUUGUCAGCGCGCCCAAAGCCAUUGGUUUCGUGCAGGCGUGCUGCCUGCCCGGGGUCCUAUUGUACUCGCUUGCUUAUGCCUGCCUCAAGCUGGUCAAUUACUCCUUUUUCUUCUGGCUGCCCUUCUACCUGAGCAACAACUUCAAGUGGAAAGAAGCCGAGGCCGACCAGCUCUCCAUCUGGUACGACAUUGGAGGAAUCAUCGGUGGGACAGUCCAAGGGUUAAUCUCGGACUUAAUGAAGAUGAGAUCCCCGGUGCUCACUGUGAGCCUGCUGUGUGCCGUGGGCUCCCUGUUUGGUUACAGCCAUUCCCCUAACGACAAGGUUAUAAAUGCCUUUAUCAUGUCGGUGACAGGGUUCUUCGUCGGCGGCCCCUCCAACAUGAUCAGCUCGGCUAUUUCUGCGGACCUUGGGCGCCAGGAAAUGGUGAGGGGCAGCAGCGAGGCGUUGGCCACUGUCACGGGGAUCGUGGAUGGGACUGGGAGUAUCGGAGCGGCAUUGGGCCAGACCCUGGUAUCUUUAAUCCAGAAUGCUCUCAGCUGGAUGUGGGUCUUCUAUUUCUUCAUAUUCAUGAUCUGCAUGACCGUCGUCUUCAUGGUGCCCCUCGUGGUACGAGAAACGCGGGACUGGCUACGGCAGAGGCGGGCUUCGCGGCUGGCCAGGUGACUCACCGUUUUUCAGGGGACAAUUAAACUGACCAAAAUGACCGGAACUGACGGCGGGAAGGUCAAUCCUCCGUGGGAUGAGGAAUAAUUCGCUCCGUGCUGCGCCACUGAUGAUGGGACCUUAAAGACUGACGGACCUUCCUCCUUGGAUCCAGAUUUGUUUUACAGAACCGUCCACUCUGCAGUAUUGAAGCUCUUAGAAUAAAUACGGUGUCCGGACGCCACGUGCAAUAGUAGCCGGAGGCUCGGUUUACGGUGCAACUACGGUUUACUUCAAAAAUCGUUUACCUGCGUAGUGAGAACCUGCUCUGAGGGGAUUUUAACCCCUCCAGUAACUGUCCAGCUCUUUCCACAGGGAAGUGGAUUUAGAGCAUGGCCCUUUAAAUACAAUGGCCAUUAUUUUACUUUUUACUUACUACUCUUCCCAUUGGCUGCUGCGGGAUGCAAUCCAUAAGGGAUGAUUUACACUUGGUUUGUGUCAUUGGCCUCUCUGUGCCUUCGGUUAAAAGCACCUCCCUCCUACAGCUGGAACUGGCACGUCCGCGUCGGCAGCAUAAAACCUGCUGGCAUUCGCAGGGUUAAAGAGAGACAUUUUUACACUACUAAUUCUUACCAAGUGGAUUCCAGUUUCAUCCCCCCCUAUUAUAUACGAUAAUCGCUCUAUUAUCAAAUCAUUUGUACACAUUUUGGGAUGUAAGGGGUUUCUUUCUUUGUUUUGGGGGGGUGCGCUAGGGUGUAAAAUCCAAUAUUCCGUUGGCACAAGGGGAUUUAUGUAGGCAGACUCAUUUAAUUCCGUUGUUAAUUAGUUUGUUAUAAGUUACCUUGCUUGGGAACCAGGGAUUUUUAACUGACGUUUUCGCAUUAAA